UAACUGAUUGAUGAUUCUACAUAGUCAAACUAUAAAAUCUGAUUCGGUCAUCUAUUCAUCACCAUCCACUCGAUCAAACAUUGCAUACAUUUUAUUUUAAUUUAAUUUUCAAAAUUCCAAAAACACAUGAGAAUUGUCUCCUGCCAUAUCUUUCAUUCUCUCUCCUCAAACCUAAACACCGAAUAACAGGAAACAAAGAUCAUAAUCAUAAAAAAGAAGGAAUAAUCCUAUUAGCAGAAUUAGAAACUCAAAUUGCUAUUUAUUUUCAUUCAUUUUUUAUUUUCUAAAACAUUGACAAUGUCAUUUUAGCCAAACACUACUAUUCAUUGUUUUUCCUCACAUGUUACCUACCUUGUACCUGUAAUUUUUUUUAUACAAGUUCACACAAUUUUUGAGUUUCAUACUCAUAAUAUUACAUUUUCACACCAUUUUUAAGUUUCAUCCUCAGAAAAAAAAAAAGAAAAAAAGAAUUGAAGCUCCGUCUGUGAGAGAGGUCCAAUGCCUAAUUUUUUGAAGACUAUUCUCAAAUUCAAGUCGAAGCUCAAGUCUAAGUCCAAGAAGAAGAUUCGAACCCCGGGCGAUAAGGUUCGUCGUGUUCGUGAGCUCUUGAUUCUUCUUAAUGAUAAUAACAAUGUUGAUCAUGGGCCUAAUUGGGUUGAAGAGAUGAAAGAACUAGGUAAAUACUUUGCGGAUAUUAAAUUCACCCUAUAUGGCACUAGUGAAGCUGAACCUGUCCCAGAAGCUUGUGCACAAGUAACUCAAGAAUUCUUCCAAGAAAAUACUUUUCGUCUCCUAAUAAUUUGUCUUUCGAAACUGGACUUGGAGGCCCGAAAAGAUGCUACCCAAGUGGUCGCAAAUCUGCAAAGACAACAGGUUCAUUCACGUUUAAUUGCGUGUGAGUACUUGGAAAACAACAUUGAUCUCAUUGAUGUAUUGGUCUCAGGGUAUGAAGACCACAGACUAGCCUUGCACUAUGGUAAUAUGCUCAGGGAGUGUAUUCGUCAUCAAACCAUUGCAAAGUAUGCGCUGGAAACGCACUUGUUCAAGUUUUUUGAUUAUAUACAGCUUCCAGAUUUUGAAAUAUCAUCAGAUGCUGCCGCAACUUUCAAGGAGUUAUUGACCAGGCAUAAAUCCACUGUUUCAGAGUUUUUGUCUAAAAACUAUGAUGGGUUUUUCAGAGAAUUCAACACUAAGUUGCUGCAAUCCGCAGUUUAUAUUACAAAGCGUCAAGCUAUCAAGCUUUUGGGAGAUAUCUUGCUUGAUCGUUCAAACUCUGCCACCAUGGUGCGGUAUGUGAGCUCAAAAGACAACUUGAUGAUUCUCAUGAAUCUCCUAAGGGAACCAAGCAGGCCCAUACAACUCGAAGCAUUUCAUAUCUUUAAGCUAUGUGUAGCUAACAAAAACAAGCCGCAUGAAAUCACAGCCAUAUUGAUAGCUAACAGAAGCAAACUUCUUCGCUUCUUUAGUAAUUUUACGUUGGACAAAGAGGAUCAACAGUUUGAGGCUGACAAAGCUCAGGUGGUAAAGGAGAUAGCGGAAUUGGAGCCAAAAGAGAUUCGAUGACAGGAUUUGAACAACUCGUGGAAGCGUUUAGAUAUAAGCUGAAGAAAUCUGGAAGUUUUGCUGCUAGGUCCCUAGGUACGAUCAUAUUAUUGGAUUUAUUUACCUGUACAUUCUGAAAGCUAGCUCGAAAAGGAAGAGGCGAAUUUGUAAAGAGAAGAUGUAUGUUUUUUGAUAAUAGGAGUGAUCAGAAGUUUGGCUCAACUGCUGUGAUGACAUUCACUUCAGCUGUUGUCAAUCUUAAUAAGAGGUUUAUUGAUUACAAUAUUUUUAAUGAUGCUUGGAAAACUUGCUUAAACAUGCAUUCUUUCUGAGUAAUUAGGGGCUGUUUGGAAUCGGGUAAACAAGAAAAGGAUACAGGAUAAACUGGAAAAUUGCAACACUGUUUUUAUAAAUUUCUAACUUAAGACAGUAAAAGCUAUACAGAAUUUCGCAACUUUUUUUUAUCAUACAACCGGUUUUACCUUGUAAAGUUGUAAGGUACAAUCUAAACAUUUUUUUGUUUGCUUAUUUCAGUCAUUUGUCUUCCAAAUGAGUAGUUGAACAAAAAAAUACCAUUUGUUGUACCUUGCUGGUACAAACGGUUGUACGACUUGAACUAUGCAUGCUCCUACAAAUUUGUUAAUUUUUAUUUUUCAAUUAGCAUUUUUUAACUGAAAAAUUAUCUUGCCGAUUUAGUAUAGCACAUCCGGUUCAUCAAAGCUUUGCUCCGACUAUAUCGGAAUCCGAUACGUAUCAUACACCUUUCAACAAGAAUUUUUGCAUACGGUGAGGCUCAAACUCAAAACCUACCUAAAGCGGGAUCAAAUCAAAACUUAUAACGGAGUUAAAGCAUGUAACGAAAGAUUCACACUGUUCAACUAACUCUGCUUAGUUUAUGAAUUGGCAAACUUUAUAUAGUACUCCGUAGACCAGUAGUUUACACUGUUACGCAUACGUUAAGACACCAAUCUACAACAUUCCAAAUCAAAUUACUUAAAGCCCUAAAAUUCCAAAUUAAAUUGGGCGUCUUUGGCUAUUACAACCUAAAAUUUUCUUCCCAAUUUACCAAAUUUCAUAAGCUUCCCGUCUUCCCCUGUCCAUUUCUCAUUCCACGAUUUCUAUCUACUGAGAUCCAAUUCACGUAGCUUUACAGUUGCCGCAAUUUACUGGGGGGGAAGAACUAGUAGAGAUGUCGUUUUGUUAUCCUUCAACGCCGACGAAGCUGGCAAUGACAAUGGGAUUCUUUCUUGGUGGCAUUUCUCUAUUUGUUGUUGGUGUUCAUUAUUCGUACAAGAAUGUUGCUCCUCAACAAGCUCGUACGAAAGCUCGAAGUGAAUUUGUUAGGGAGUAUCUUAGGAAGAAACAUGGAUUUGGUGAGAAGAAGAAAUGAAGCAGAGGUGUCUUUUGCUUGAUUUUCUACUUCUUUUUCCCAGUUUUGACUCUGAGCUCAAAAUUGAUGAAUGAUAGUUUUGAAUAUUAGAAGCAGGUGAAAAAGAUAACUUUUUCUUUGUAGACUCGUUGAUUCACUGUUUACUGGGAGUUGCAAUGCAAUACAACUCAUUCAACUCACAAUGUGAUUAUUCACUGAUGUUUUUCUUUGUAGUAGGGAUUUCUUUCAACUUCAAUUUAAUUAUGUUGACUGAUGUA